UACUGGGAUAUCAUAUAUUUUGAAACAGUUUUUGUUAUUUACAACUGGUGUACGGAAGCGGCGAGAUAUAUAUGCAGUCAAUCAAUUAUAAAUUUGUUCAGAUAAAAUCAAAAUAAACAAGUUUAAUAUGUUUUUUUAAUCAGAUUUAAUAAAUCACACCUUUUUCCUACGUGCUGCUAUGCCAUGAUCUCCUGGCAAUAUUGUAUUCACUUUUAAUUAUAUAUAGAGUUGCAAAAGAUAUAUGAACCGUUAAUCUAUGCGAGAUUGAUACUGCAGCCUAAUAUUUUUUUUUUCAUUCCAAAGAUACCUAAUAUACACAUAUAGCGUCAGAUAGAAAAAGUAAUUAGUAAAGUAUAUGUGUUUAAGACAAAAUUUUUAUAUAAAAUUUAAUUAUUUUAGCUUAGGCAUGCAUCGUUCUAUUAGGCUUAUCUCCCUUAGUCUGCACUCUUAUUAUUAAUCUUUAUAUAUAUGUAUAUUAGCGCUUAUAUCUUUACGGAUAAUACAAGAAAUAUGAUAAAUAUCGUGAUAUUUCAAAGUCGACGCAUUACAUUAUUUCGAAGUUGUGUAUACUUUAAUCCAUUUUCUUUGAAUUCUGAAAAAAUGAUUUGAGUACGUAUUAAUUACUCUGGAUCGAUUCAAGCCAAUCUCGUCUAUAGACUUUCUCAUGCAGUGGACGGAUACUACGAGCAAUUGAUUUCGUCAAUUUAGUUCUCAAACAGUAUGAAAGGAAAGCUGUCAAAUCUGCCAAAUUGUUUUAUGGAACAUGGGAGAUAAAGAGCAUCAUGUUCACUUUAGCGGUGGAAGCGGAUUUGGAAAAGAUAACAACAUUAUGAUACAGCCACAGCGACACGGCCAUAUAGAUGCUCAUUUAGGGUUCUUGCAAUUGUAUCACAGAUAUCACAUAGAAUUUUCGGUACCAUGGAACACAUGUAUUCAUCCAGAAGAAAAAACGGUAGCCCCAGCGGUAAUUGCAGGAAAUCACAAUGUAAAUUGUCACAUUGUCGAUUUUGCGCAAGAAAAAGAUGGCUUGAGGUUAAAAGUAGAGCUAUUUGCAUAUAAGGAGAAAAUAUUGAAGGAGGAUGUUGAAGUGAUGUGCUGUCCAUCAGGUACUCCACUGAAAAUUGUGCUGAAUGCACGUGUUUUAGCAAAAGAUAAGGGUACACCAUUAUUGAGAAACGGUAUACGCAGUAUUGCCGUAGAAGGAACCGACGAGGACGAUGUUUCUGAACUAAACCAGAAACUAGAAGAAAUAAAGGUCAAUGAACGAACAAGCAAAGAUGUAAUAUGAUUAUAUAAUUUUAUUCGAUAAAAUUAAGGCGGAACGUUUCGAGUUGUCAAAAAGACAUUGACCGAAGAGAGGACCUCGUUGGAAUAGAAUUUACAUACUUCUAGACUGGUUGCCGGCUGGGCCAUAUAUAAUAAUCAAAUUCAACUGCCAAAAAAAAAGAUCAAAAAAGAGGUGAGCAACGAUUUUAAAUCUUGGCACUAUAACUCGCACAGAAAGGAAACGUUACGUGUUCUUCGACUAAAUAAAUGUAAAGAUAAGAUAAAUGUAAUUAAUUAUAAUUUGAAAUUUUGUAUUUACGAUUGAAGAAGACUUACAAUCAGUAAAGCCGAAACGUUCCGGCCUUAAUUUUAUUGAAGAAAAUUAUACUAUUAUAUUACAA